UAGUGCAGUACAAGGUAGUCGAAAAAUGUAACGCCUAAAUCGAUCUCCUGGUAUUUACACAAAUAUGUUUUAUGAAUAAUCAUAAUCAUCCAUAAAUAGUAUUAAAUUGAGCUCUGAAGGAUUUAGGUUCGGUUAUGGACCGGUUAUGGAUGAUUCUUCUCAUCGUGGGGUUUGCUAAGUUGGGCGAUUCUAAAUGUCCGAGCGAGUGUUAUUGUUACCACGAAAAUACAUACGUAGAUUGUUCCGAUAGAGGUCUAACAAAGCUUCCAGAAAAUCUAGACGGUGAGGUAACGUUUCUCGAUGCGUCUAAGAACCAGCUGGAAAGCAUACCACCAAAUCUAAAUGGAUUGGAAAAACUCGAACACUUGGAUUUGUCAUACAAUAAUAUUGGAACUUUAACCGAGUUUGAUUUGGCUAAUAAUCAAAGACUGAAGAAGAUUAACUUAAGUUUUAACAAGUUCACAUCGUGGAUGGACCUGGAUCAUCGUUCCUUUCAAAAGCUCCCCGUUUUAGAAGAUUUAUCGCUAAGAAGCAACGAUUUUAAUGACAUCGGAAAUUUUGAAGAUAGAUAUUUAAUUAGUGAUUCCAUAAAGAACUUGUCACUGGCUAAUUGUUCUAUUCAAAGUUUACAUUCAAACAUAUUAAACGGACUUGUUAAUAUAAUAACUUUAGACUUAUCAUACAAUAACAUCACAGUGCUUAAUUCUACUCUUACAUCAACCACAUUAGUCAAUUUAGAUUUAACAAAUUCUGGGUUGCACAGAAUUUUUGAUCCAUUUACUCAAUUAACAGCUUUACAGAAAUUGAAGCUACCGUAUAAUAACCACUUAAAGUUCUUUUAUGGAAAAUCACUUAGUUUAAUACAUAUAAAUGCAACUCAAUGCGGUUUGGACUCUCUUCCUAGAGGAUAUUUCCCAAAAUUAAAAUAUGUAAUAUUCCGAGAGAAUGUAAUUAGAAGUUUGCCAGCGAAAGCUUUCAGUGGUAUGGAAAAUGUUAACGACAUCGAUUUAUCCUAUAAUAAAAUCAGGGAUGUCGACCCAGAAGCCUUUUAUGGCGUCAAAAACAUACAAUACGUCGACUUAUCCUACAACGUAAUCACAGACUUAGACCCCAGGACGUUCAAUUCAAACUUUCGUCUCAUCCUCUUGAGAUUAUCCUACAAUUAUUUAAAAGAAGUGAUCAAACUAGACAGCGAAUCCAUUCGAGGAUUAGUCUUAAGCAAUUGCGAAAUCGUAAACUUUAACAGAGACAGUUUAAGACAAAUGCCGUCUUUAGAAUAUUUAGAUUUAUCCUCGAACGAUAUUCGAGCUAUUCCAGAUUUUCUAGAAACUAACAGUCUCCAAACUCUCGAUAUAAGUUCCUGCAGAAUUAGUAGGAUCACAAACGCCACUUUUGCAACAAUGCCUAGGCUGAGAAAACUCAGCAUGAGGGGAAACCGACUCAUUUCGGACGUCAGACCGUCUUAUUUUUACAACAUCGUUGAAUUAUACCUUAGCGAUAAUUCCUGGAGAUGUGAUUGUGGCAAUUCCGAUUUUAAAGACUUUUAUUAUUGGCUAACCAGCGGGUCAGUAACAACAUCAAUUCACGACCUACUUUGUCAAUCACCGGAAAACGUACAAGGUCAAAGGUGGGGCGUGGCUUGUUAUGAAUCGUGGAACCAUAGAGCAGACAAAACAUGGAUUUACAGCAUCAUCAUCCUUUUAAUGUUAGUCGCCUUCUUUUGCGUAAUCAUUUCCAUCAAAAAAAAUAUUAAAAGACGCGCAAACAGAGAAAUAAGAGAAAGACAACAAAACAUCAUAGAGGCCAGAGAAAGAUUACAAAGAAUGCGAGAACAAGAAAGAGAAGCUAGAAUGACAGAAUCCACCAACGCUCCCGAUCCAAGAGAAUUACAAAAUCCACCAUCUUACGCCGAAGCUUUAAGCCUACCCAAAUUAAACAUCUCUCAAGGUAGCUUAAUAGGAGGGAGUCAAGGCAGCUUAGGAGGGAGCAGUACUGAUUUAAAAGGUGGUAAGAAAAGGAGAAGACGGAGAAGACGUGCUGCAUCUGCAGACGAUCUUAGACGAACCACAGAUUCGGAUAGUGAGCAUAACAAUAACACUUCAACUUCAAGAGGCGGUUACUUUGAGAGUGACCUCCUAACGAUGUUGCUAACGUUGAUACUGUUGGCCCUCGGCGCCUUCGCCGCCCAUGGAACCAGCCCAUGUCCAAAUUCGUGUAUUUGCACCUCCCAAUCGGCGACUUGCGAUACCCUCGAUGACGGAAUGUUUGAAUUUGAUGUUCUUCACCUACGUCUACGAAACAUUGCACAACCAAUAGUCAUAGGCGAGAAAUUCUUCGACAGAAAAGGACUACCGCAUUUGGAAACGCUCUCGUUUGAAAACCUUAAAAUUAACGCCAUCGAUCCCACAGCCUUUAAAAAAGCUGAAUUCCUCCGCGUUUUAAAUUUCGCGAAUGUCACCUUCAGCCUUUCCGCUGAUUCCUUUGUCCUAGCCACCCAAUUACAAGUUUUAUCCAUCGAAGGAUGCCUCCUAAACGAAUUUAUUCCUUUCAAAUCCGAAUCAAUUCAAAUCAUUAAAAUUUCAAAAUCCCACAUUAAGGAGUUAACCGACGAAAGUCUCAUUAAUUUGCCCGAAUUAACCGACAUCACUUUUACGAACAACCUAAUCGAUAAAAUUGAUCCGAAAACCUUCCAUAACAACUUCUACUUGGAAACGUUGGAUUUGUCAUACAACAAAAUCACGGAGUUACCCCACAAUAUUUUUAUUAAAAACGAAGAAUUAGCAGCUUUAAAUUUAAGCGGAAACCCUAUUAAAAAAAUUAACGCCUCAAUGCUAUCGGUCGUAGAGAAAUUAGUUCUUCAAAACUGUAGUUUGUCUGAAUUCAAAGGUGGAAAAUUCACAGAAAUGGGCUACCUGGAUUUAAGCCAUAACGAAAUAACCGAACUUUCUAGUGUUACUUUCGGAAAUAUGCCUGAAUUGGAGUACGUAAACCUCGCCCACAACAAACUUAAAACAUUACCUGGGGACAUCUUUUUAAACAAUACCCGCCUACAGACGAUUUAUCUCGACUACAAUGAAUUCGAAAUCUUACCAAAGUUCCGCAGCUACAAAGAUAAUUUUGAAACCAAUUAUUUCUCCUGUUCCGAUUGCGGGUUGGAAAAUUUAGACGAAAACGUUUUCGAACACAUGCCCAAAUUAAUUACUUUAAAUUUAUCAACCAACCGCCUCCAAAAAAUCAACCCGAAGAUGCUCAGUUAUAUUCCUCAAUUAAAAAAAUUAGAUCUUUCUUACAACAUGAUCGCCAACCUUUCGCUUCACACAUUCGAAAACAACGUAUUACUCUCAAACAUCAACUUGGCUGGAAAUACAAUCACCGUGUUAAAUCCUACGAUUUUCGAACACAUGAGCGACUUAAAAAUGUUAGAUAUAAGCAAUAACGCAUUGAAAAUUAUUUGGGAACCAACCAUAUUCAAAAUUCCUUACUUAGAAGUACUUAACCUCGCUGAUAAUCGUUUAGAAGUGAUUACAAGAAAAGAAUUGGAAGUAACACCAAAUUUGAAGACUUUAAACGUCAAUAAUAACUCCUUCAAUUGCUCCGCGGAAUUAGAUGAUUCUAUUCAAUGGUUGAAAAAGAAAUCCGUUCAACCUUCUUCGUUAGGCACUCAUAUGGAAAUGAAAGAUUUCGAAGAAAUCACCAAAGAUUAUAUCGACAAUUACUGGAGAAAACUCUGCGGUGAUGAUGAUUACGAAAUAUACGACAGCGAUGACGACGCGGAUAUCGAUGUAGAUGAAGACGAUGAUGAUGAAGAUGAAGAGAACGAAGAUGAUAUCCCCAUCGAUGAUGAUACUUUCGGACCGUACAUUCUCGAUGAUAACGAAGAACUUGCUGGCUUCGAUGAUGUUGAAAGCUCGUACAUACCGAAAAAUGACAGAUACAGUUUCUUGUGGCCAUUUUUCAUCUUCGUUGUAACCGCUCUCUUUGUUUUAUUGGUUGUUACCAACAUCAUUUUAUGCGUUCUGAGGAAACGUGGUCAUCUACCAAGAAAUAUCAACCUUUCAUGGAAAAAUGGAACUCAUAGCGGAUUUGUUUAUAAACCUUUAACCGAAGAGAUCCCUAGAUCUUCAAUUAUUAUCAACGGGGUUGAAAGGAAUCAAACGCAAUUUUUAUAGUCGUCCAACUCCAAAAAAUAAAAAUUUUAUAAUAUAUUUUUUUUUGGUGUUACUACGUAAUAAAUUAAGAUAAAAUUAGGCGUAUUUAAAACGAGUAGAUUAAAUUUAGCAUAAAUUUAGGGUCGAUACUUAAGUACUAGUAUUUUUAGCGCGUUAACCAAAAAAAUGAUCCGUUGAGGUAUUUUUCAAUUAAUAAUUUCUAGCUAUGUACAUUCCAGACUUAAUAAAGUAACAUUUAACUAAAGAUAA